AUGACGUCUAGCUGGAAUUCAGCCGCGCUCAUCUUCCUUGCCAUUUCAUUGUACAAGGCUGUUAGGCUCUUCCGCUACAUUCGUCGCGCAAAACUCACUGGGAUUCCGUACGUGGUCACCCCGAUCCUCGAAACAGAGAUCCUGGGCUUCAUAGCCACGCCAAUCCUCAGACAUGUUUACAACCGCCGCCUGCACGAAGGUCAAGGCUGGCCACGAUGGUGCCGUUUUAUGAUCAAGGACUGGGCUUGGGAAGACAAGAGGCGCGCCCACGACGAAUACGGAGAUGUCUUCCUCUGUGUCUCGCCAGAAGGAAUAAUCUGUUACUCUGCUGAUGCGGCCAUGGGAUGGGAUGUCAUGAACCGCCGGUAUGACUUCACGAAGCCUCCAGACAAGUAUAAACCAUAUGGGCCGAAUGUCGCAACUGCAGAGGGUGCCAACUACCGCUUCCACGUCCGCAUCACAGCGCCUCCAUUCGGCGACGGGAGCGGCGUCAACGAACUGGUGUGGGACGAGACAGUGUACCAAACACAGAAACUGGCAGAGGUGUGGGAGGCGGGAGCAGAAAGGGACCUAUACGAGGAUGUAAAUCGCCUCACGCUUGCCGUCAUCUCUCGGGCCGGAUUUGGCAAGACGCUCGACGUCACGGCAAAGGACGGGGAGGGCCAGACGAUUCCACCUGGGCACCAGAUCAGCUUCUUCAGGGCCAUACACAACACCACAAACUACAUGGUCGCCAUUCUGUUGCUUCCUGGCUGGUUGCUUAACUUAACACCUCUACGCAAGGCCCAUGUUGCUCACCGAGAGCUUGACAGGUACCUGCGGGAAAUGAUUCGGCACGAACGAGCUCGCAUCGAGGAAAAUGCGGACCACCAAAGCGCGACGGCCCGCGGCAAUCUCCUGACUGCGGUGCUCCGAGCUUCAUGGUCCGACAGCAAACAGAACACUGGCGCGACCGCCGAAAAAGGACGGAAGAAGGGCUUCACAGAUGAUGAGGUCAUGGGAAACUUGUUCAUCUACCUGCUUGCUGGCUACGAGACGACCGCCAAUGCGAUCGCGUACGGUCUCAUCGUCCUUGCGCUGCACCAAAACAUCCAGACCGAGGUGAUCAACGAGGUCGACGCCGUGUAUGCCCGGGCCCAGCAGGCCGGGCGGACCAAGCUCACGUACAGCGACGACUUCGAAGCGCUCGAGUACACAUACGGUUUCAUGUACGAAACGUUCCGCCUCUUCCCCGGCGUCACGCUCAUCACCAAGAUGGCAGGCAACCCACAGCCCAUCAACAUUUCCUCCAGCGCGGCGCCCAACGGUAGUAGCAUGCCUCGGACGACGCACCUCCUGCCCGCCGAAACGCGCGUCUAUCUCUCCGCCCCGGCCGUGCACUACAACCCGCGCUACUGGCCGGACCCGUACCGGCUGGACCCGCACCGGUGGACUUCUUCUUCUUCUGCUUCCUCGCACAACAACAAGAAACGCGACUACUCCGUCGUCGCGGCCGACCGCACGCGCCACAUGCGCGGCACGCUGCUGACCUUCUCGGACGGGGCGCGCGCGUGCCUGGGCCGCAAGUUUGCCCAGGCCGAGUACGUCGCCUUCUUCGCGACGCUGCUGCGCGACUACCGCGUCGUGCUGCAGCCGGGCCAGGUGGCCGAGGAGGUGGAGCGGGAUCUGUUCGCCACGUCCGCGGGGAAGGUGACGUUGGCGCCGUUGGUGAAGGCGAGGAUCAGAUUGGAGAGGAGGGUCAUGGGGUGA